UUCACUCGGCGAGACGAUGAGCGAUGGCAAUAGAAAACAAAAGCGCCGGCGGUGAGGAUUUCGACUCGGUCUUUUUCGACUCCCUGGAGCUGUCGUCGCCGUGCCGAGUCUUUAAAAUUAUCGUCAUCGGAGACACCAGCGUGGGGAAGACGUGUUUGACGUCCAGGUUCUGCGGCGGCUCUUUUCUGAACAACCCCGAGGCGACCAUCGGCGUUGACUUCAGGGAGAGGACACUGGAGCUCCAUGGAGAAGUCGUUAAGUUGCAGAUCUGGGACACGGCAGGCCAGGAGCGUUUCAGGAAGAGCAUGGUGGAGCACUACUACCGCAGCGCGCACGCCGUCAUCUUCGUGUACGACGUCACCAGCCUGGCCACCUUCCAGAGCGUCCCCGACUGGAUCGAGGAGUGCGGCCGUCACGCCGUGGGGGCGCUGGCGCCACGCGUGGUGGUGGGCAACAAGUGCGACCUGCGGGACCGCCGCGAGGUGCCCACGUCGGCGGCGCAGCGCCUGGCCGACGCGCACGACAUGCCCCUCUUCGAGACGUCGGCCAAGGACCCCGCCGAGAAGGAGCACGUGGACGCCAUUUUCCUGACGCUGGCCUACAGGCUCAAGAGCUGCAAACCUCUGAGACUGAAGCCGCCCUCGGAGAGCGACGUCGGGCAUCUGUGGAAAGCCAGACAGCAGGAAGCGCUAACCUGUCGGUGCUGAUCGUGUUAGCUUCCUAACACGAGCUUCCUGUGACACUUCACAAACAGAGGGACACGUUUGCACUAUAUAUAUCUAUGAAUUGCCUGCACAAAUAUAUAGGUGUGGCAAAUAUAUUUUGUAGCUUACAAAAGUACAAUUGGGUGCACUUGAUUUUUUUUACAGUUGAACCUCCAAAGUGAUUGAUUGUGUGAUAUUUGGGUUAAGUUGUUCCAUUAUCAAAGUGUAAUUCUAGCUAAUUUUUGAGUAGCAUUUUAACAGUAUCAAUUGUCUAAGCAAUUGCAAUUUCAGCAAUUCUAUUUUUUUAUUUUUUUUGAGGGACUACCCUCACCCUGAACUGUUCGCCAGUCAAGCCCACGUCACAGAUAAACAACUAUUUACACCCACGGACAAUUUAGUCUUCAAUAAACCUGACAUGCAUGUU